AUGACUAGCUUAAUUAACUCGGACACACGUAUAAAAGUAAGUUCGGUUCUGAACAGAGAUACCGCCAACUAUGGUAAACAAAAUCUCAUUGAUGGUAGUGAAGAGACAUGUUGGAAUACUGAGCAGGGCCUCCCUCAAAAUAUUUUGUUGGAUUUUCCUGAGCCUGUAUCAGUAGAAAGCAUUGUUUUACAGUUUCAAGGUGGAUUUGUUGGCAAAAACUGUAUUGCUGUAGGAAGUACGCCUAAUUCACCCAACGAUUAUAGUGUAGAAAUCGGCAGAUUUUAUCCUCAAGAUAUCAACCCUACACAAACUUUUGAUUUCCCAGCAACGGAAGGCUUAAAGAGAGUCAAAAUUAUUUUUGAAGAAAGUACAGAUUUUUAUGGACGUAUUACAGUUUAUAAGUUGGAUAUCCUUGGUAAGGUCUUAGAUACCGGCAGCUUUUCUGUUUAA